UUCCCCAAUUUCAACGGGUCUUCUUCUUCACUCUAGCUCUCCGUGAUUCCUCGUCUUUCCUAAAUUACCUUUCUUCUCUCUCCACAAUCGUGUUCAGAAAUCCGAUCUUGGUGUUCCUCGAUUACGCCCUGGUAAUCUCCUAAUCAAUCUUGAAAAAUUUUCCCGGAAAAUUUCCAUUUUCUUGCCCUAGAACUAUCAGUUUUCAGACAGAAGCUUUGAGAUACUAUUCUGCAGAUCCGACUAUGGCUCCAACGCCUUCGUCGAAAUCGAAUCAAGGUCACACGAGCCUAUUGAGAACUCCUCAAGCGAAGCGGCUCAAUUUCCAUCAACCUAGGGCACAAUCUUCCCCUUUCCCCAAUUCCGCCACUAAAGACUCCCAAUCGGAGCACCCAGUUGAAGUAAUCGGCCGGAUCCGCGACUAUCCGGACCGGAAAGAAAAACCGGUGUCGAUUCUGCAGAUAAAUCCCGACGGCCAGAGCGUUCGGGUCCGGGCCGAUUUCGGGUACCGCGAUUUCAGCCUCGACGGGAUUUCUCUGUCGGAGGAAGAAGAUCUCGACGCUUUUUACAAGAAAUUUGUGGAAGCGAGGAUUCAUGGAGUUAAAUUGGGGGAGAAAUGUACGGUUAUGAUGUACGGACCGACCGGCGCCGGCAAGAGCCACACCAUGUUUGGCUGCGCGAAGCAGCAGGGGAUUGUGUAUCGGUCGCUGAAGGACAUUUUGGGGGACGGAGGAGACGGCGGAAAUGAAGCCGCCGCCGCCGCCGCCGGAAUGUUUGUACAAGUUACAGUUCUGGAGAUUUACAAUGAAGAGAUAUAUGAUCUUCUCUCGAGUAAUUCUGGUGGAGGGCUGGGUCUCGGCUGGCCUAAGGGCAGUUCCUCUAAGGUGAAGCUUGAAGUGAUGGGGAAGAAGGCAAAGAAUGCUACUUAUCUAUCUGGGAAUGAAGCAGGAAAGAUUUCCAAAGAGAUUCAGAAAGUGGAAAAAAGAAGGAUUGUUAAAAGUACACUCUGUAAUGAGAGAAGUUCUAGAAGCCAUUGCAUGAUAAUCCUCGAUGUGCCAACGGUCGGCGGACGUCUCAUGCUAGUCGAUAUGGCUGGUUCUGAAAAUAUAGAGCAAGCUGGGCAAGUUGGAUUUGAGGCAAAAAUGCAGACAGCAAAAAUUAACCAAGGUAACAUUGCCCUGAAAAGAGUGGUUGAAUCAAUUGCUAAUGGUGAUUCUCAUGUGCCUUUCAGAGACAGUAAAUUGACUAUGCUUCUGCAGGAUUCUUUUGAGGAUGAUAAAUCGAAAAUUCUUAUGAUUCUGUGUGCCAGUCCUGAUCCUAAGGAAUUACACAAGACAAUCUCCACUCUCGAAUAUGGUGCGAAAGCCAAAUGCAUCGUCCGUGGUCCACAUACGCCAACUAAGGAUAAACUCGGCGGUGAUGAUUCUGCUUCUGCAGUUAUUCUAGGGUCUAGAAUUGCGGCAAUGGAUGAUUUCAUCUUCAAGUUACAAAAGGAGAACAAACUCAGAGAGAAAGAGCGAAAUGAGGCACAUAGAGAGCUGAUGAAGAAAGAAGAAGAAGUAUCAGAAUUGAGAGCUAAGCUCGAGCUAGCAGGGUUGAGAGGAUCGGGGGUGAGUGAGGAAGAAAUCAAUUCAAAGGUGAAUGAGAGAACCCAACUUCUGAAACUUGAGUUGGAGCGGAAGCUCGAGGAGUGCCAGAGAAUGGCCAAUGAGUUUGUCGAAAUGGAAAGGAGAAGGAUGGAAGAGAGGGUGCUGCAGCAGCAACAGGAAGUCGAAAUGUUGAGACGGCGUUUGGAAGAGAUCGAAUCCGAGCUACUUAAUUCGAGGGAUGCAAGUAGCAAUGAUGUGAACAAAUCAAGGGACAUGGAUGGCUGCAGGCUUGCCAAAAGGCUCUUAGGAGGAGUUUAUGCUAGUACAGAUGCAGGGAUGGUCAAGUCUAUGGACUUAGACAUGGACGAUCAAGAACCGAUUCGCGAAGUGAAACUCGUUGGUGGCGUGGAUAGCAGUGACAUCCAAAGCCUGCUAGACAAAGUGAACGAGACGGUGGAUCACGAUGUGUUCUCAUCACGAUUUGGGGAUGGGGAUAGAGUAUGCCUGAGCACCGUGUUCGAGGAAGAGGAAGCAGAGGACGAAGAGGAGAAGGAAGUUAUAGAAGAAAAGAGAGUCUGUACAGUUGAAGGUCUUGCCCAAGUGACACCAAAUGUUGUGAACAGAAGUCAGAACAAAGAUGAUUUUCUCAAGGAUAGAUCAGAGAUCGGCAUCGGAUCGAUAAAUGACAACAAAUGCUCCAAAGACACAGCAUUCUCAAGAAAAUUGAGAAUUCAAAACAUAUUCACACUUUGUGGGAAUCAUAGAGAGCUUUCUCAACAAAUCGCCCCAAUGCCCGAGAAUAAUAGAUUAGAUGGUACUGAAAAUCAGCUCCUAUCUCCACUGAAGACAAUUGGUGAGGUCCAGAAGAAGCCUUCUACACCAGAUCACUACAGUCAAAUUCUAUCAGACCUAACGAACAAGAAUGGAGCAGCAUUAACAGAGAAUGAAGAGACAGUGUUGCAGCCUAUAAAGACACCAGUGAAGGGAGUAGUAAACAGCCCAGGAGGAACUCUACCAUUGAGUCCAAUCCCAUUGUGCUCAAAGGAGAACAAGCUACCCGUCACGCCAAACAACAUAUUGCAGCAAAGCGAUGGCCUAUCGCCGAGGCUCGGUGCCACGCCGUUCAUCACUGUAAGAAGACACUAAUGGGGAAGAUGAGGGAGAUACAUGUUGGGGAAACUUCCUUUUGCAUUUUGCAGUGGCUGAUGAAUAUAUAGAGAUUAAUAUACUCUUGGUUUGGACUUUGAAGUUGUUAAUAGUGAUUCAUUCAAUCUUCAUCAAUGUAUUCAAUCACAUCUUAUACUUUGUUAAAUAUGAUAUUGUUGCUCUUCCUUCUCCUUGUUCUUCUUGUGGGUGC